UACCAACGAAAGGAACCAGGCAUCAUCGACAGUCAGCUUCUGACACAGUUGGUUUUUGACCAAGGACCCAAGGAUCAUGCUGGUGUAUUGGCAAAAGAAGAAGGCAUUGAUUUUGAAGAUGUCACCCAUUUAAGAAUUUCAUUUAAAAAUAUUCUCCAGAUAGCAAAUUUAUGGAAUUUCAGCAAUUUAGUCAAGUUGCAGUUGGAUAAUAAUUCCAUUUCAAAGAUCGAAGGACUGGAUCACAUGAUUCAUUUAAGAUGGCUUGAUUUAUCCUUCAAUGUAAUAACGCAAAUUGACAACUUGAAUCAGUUAAAGAACUUACGAGAUCUAACGUUGUAUCACAAUCAAAUUACGACCCUUGAAAACAUGGAUGAACUGAAAAAUUUAGAGGUCCUUUCUAUUGGUCGGAAUAAACUUCAAAAUAUUGAAAAUGUUAUCUAUUUGCGAAAUUUUAAAUCUCUGAAAUCGGUGAAUUUUUCUGGCAACGCAUUCACAAGCCUCAACGACUACAGAUCGGUUGUCAUAGUUUACUUGCCACAACUCCAGUACAUCGACUACUCCGCCAUUAGUUCUGAACAGCGCAACGCAGCUGCUGCAACCUUUGAAAAUUUGAUAACAACGUUAGAAGCUAAAGAUGAAGUUCUACAAAGCGAACUGGCUCUGAUGAACAAAGAUAACGAGAGGCUGGCACAUUAUAAGAAAUCGUUCGUGGACGCGUUCUCCGGUGAGUCAUUUGCUGAUCUGCUCUUUCAAGAGGACGAUGACGACUCUAAGUUGAAACUUUGGUGGGUCAUACAGAAUCUCUUCACUGAAUAUCCUUCUAUAGCCCUCUAA